GUCCACGGCUUCUGUUCAUCCUUUCACGACCCUCACACCGCCUACCACCUCAUCCGUUUUCAGCAACAACAACAACAACAGCAACAACACAUUUCAAUUCAAUAACAAUCAAAGUACGGGCAGCAGUAAUAAUAAUAACAACGGCGGGAGUGAUGAUUUUAUCUGUCCCUUACCCAUGUCAGGUGUGUUAAGUAGACGCGUCAGUAUUGCAACACCGCAAGACAUUCAAAUGUGGCAUCGUAUUAUAAACCAGAACAACAGUAACGCUACUGUGAAUACUGCUGCUAUGACGACAUCUCCUGGCUUACUAACACCCAUGUCGACGGCCGUCUACAAAGUAGACGAAGAAGAUGAAUUGAUGGAGAACGACGACAGAGACGUCAAAAGACAGAAACGUGCAAAGUCUAUUUCAGUUGCUCCAUUUUCAUCCUCAUUAUCAUCACAACAGCAACCACAGCCACCACAAGUGCCUGUGGGUACAGCACCAACACUUAUGCAGCCAGAAAACACAUCUGUACACCCUAUUGCUCCAACAACAAUUACCACUGCCACCACUACGAGCAGUGUCCAACAACAGAACGGAAGUAAUAGGAAGAACAAUGGUAAAGGUGGACGGAAGAAUAGCACUAAGCCCAAAGCCGAUAGAGCCUUAAGAAAGAAUCAUACGGCAAUGACAAUGACGAUCAAUGGUGGCACAACAAGUCAAAAAGGAAAAUUAGCCAAACUGUCUUCCUCCUCCCAUAAAGAUAGCAGCACUACGACAAAUAUCAGUGAUAUGGAAGCAAAACGUGAGGAGAUGUUGAGGAUCAAAAGAACAAGUGCCUCGUAUAAAAAGGAUCAAGAAGAGGAUGAGGAUAUGUUGAUGAUGACCAUGGAUGCUGGCGAUGCCGACGAGAACAACGACGAGAAUAACGACGACGAUGAAAAUGCUCAAGAUUAUCCCCAUAUCACAGAUGCAGACUUGGAAGCCGCCCGAAAGAAUCCUACCGCCAUUCCACGUCGACAAAAGUUACGAUACGAAGGAGAUGAGUAUACUCCCAAAUGGGUGCGUUAUACCGGACAACAAAAGGAAGGCUAUUGCGAUACUUGUCAACCUGUCGGUAAAUGGCUUCAAUUGAAAAACAGUGCCUUUUGGUAUCAUAAGCAGUUUUAUCAUGGUAUCUCUUCGGUGUCCGGUAAACCAUUUGCUAAUCCUUUGGAACAAAGACCAGGCAUUGAGAACGCCGAUGUCAUUGAAGGGCUGUGCCAUCAAUGCAAACAGUUUGUGCCUAUAUGUAAUUCUAAGCGUAAGAAUAGUGCACUUUGGUAUCGUCAUGCUCACAAGUGCCAUGUCUACGAUAAACCAAAAGUCAAGGGUAAUAGCAGCAGCAGCAGCAUAUCGAAGAAACCCACCAAUGCCACAUCUCCUACCACUACCUCCUCGUAAAUGACAGCUUUUAUUUCACAUCUUUCCAAUUGCUCAACAUUAUAUCACCAAAUAUCAUUUUUUAUUAUACAUAUAAUAUCAUGGUUUCUCAUUGUAAAACUCUUUCAGCUUUUUUACUUUUUUUUUUUUUCUACUUAUUUAUCC